AUGGCCCAUUUGUGGGCCAAAGGACCUCUCAAGUUUUCCUUGAAAAACAAUGCUUAUUCGAGUUCCAAUGCUCCACAAUCCUCAUCGCCUGACAAUACUACUCAAUCGGGUGUUCCUCUGUCAGUUAAAACAUCAGAGUCGAAGAAAAAUGUCACUUCGGCUGUUUCAACUCGUACCAUUUUUUUCGGGUGUUUCAGGAGAUCGGAUGAACAAGAGGAAAUGAAGUUAGAAGAGAUGUCGCGCACUAAAUCCCACCAUUCGGAGAGCGCAACACAAAAGGUCUUGCGGAGUGCAUUGAAAAAAGAUUCAUCGGGAGCUCAGGGUCCACCAACGAGGAAAUACGGAGUUCACAGUUUGUCGCAAAACGACCAGACCUCAGAACAAUCCGGUGUCGAAACGGGAAACGGAAAGCUGGCUCGCAAAGUUCAUUUCGAGCAGAGCGAUGAUGACAAACUUGAUGUCGCUAAUCCUCGUCCAACUGUAGUUUACUCAUCUGACGGUUUCGCAACGUUUGUGAUGGUUAGUUCCCUUGCGAACCAAAUGCUCCAAUACGAAUGGCUAUCUUCUCACAGUCGCUAUUUGGCGUCGUCUGGUUGGAAGAAGGCACAAACAACGCUUCUAGUCUGUUUGAUCAAAAAAGAUGUUCCUUCUCCAAGAAAAUACCUAAUUGAAUCGUACCCUGAAUUCACAAUUCAACAGGUCCACAUGUUCAACAGAAUUUAUUUUACAUUUGCCGACGAAAAAACUGGAAGAUUUAGAAUCCAGGAGUUGACCCAUCUAAUGACUCAGCUUGCACGUCCACUCGAUCUGUUUUCUAUCAAGUAUAUCACCGAAAACAUUGAACAACAAGAGAAUGGCAAUAUUACUAUCCUCACCUUUCUUGAUCUUUUCCGAAAGGCCAUGAAUCAUGAAUUGUGCAACGUAUUUUCAAUUUUCAAACAUAUUGCUCAUUGGAUUGCAUCACAAGAAGCUAAGAACAAGACUCUUUUGGUCGUCGAAAAGAGCGAAAGUCCGAACCGCUGUGGCGCUUCAAAGGAAAAGAACACCAACGAGGGAACAUCCGAGACCAAUACGUCUAUUAGCUCUCGCGGCAAUGUCUUCUCAAAAAUCGGUCAAACUGCCAGACAACUUCUUUCCGACACCGAAUAA